AUGGCCGUGUUAGUGGUCAUGAUGUUGACGAUUGCAAAGCUCGUGGUUGAAUCAGAGGCUAUAAAAAUAACUUUUCCUUUAUGUUACUUAUGUUGUUUGGAAGCUUGUCUUAUUAAUCCAUUGUUUCCAAAGAAGUCUAAAUGUUCCGGCCAUUGUGCUAGCGAAUGUAAGAACCAUCUUUCUGAAAUGAAACUAAACGAAAUCGACCAAAUAAAUGAUUUCUGCCAAGUCGGUUGUGUUACUCAUCGAUGUGUUUCUGUUAAAGAUCAAAAUAUGGAGGUCGAUGUGGAGAAAGUAGCGAACUGUGAAUUCAUGUUUGGACCUUGCUAUAAUUAA